CGGCGGCGGCGGUUGGGGAUCGGGGCGGUUUCAGGGCCGGGCUGACCAUGUCGCUGGGGCAGCAGGCGGCGCUGGCCCUGUGCCUCUUUAUCUGUGUCUUUGUGCUGAUUCCCAGGCUGUUCCCAGGGGGAGUCGGCGGAGGGAAGGAGGCCGCGGGCCGGUCAGCGGGUCAUCGCCCUCCAGUUCCUGGAAGAGGCCAGCCUUUGAUUAGACACUCCCAAUCAAAUAGUCCCAAAGGACCACCUAAUCUCAGGAUGAGAAGUAUAAAUCAAAAAGAAAUGAAUGCUGAGAAGACUCAGGGCAGAAACAAAGGAUUUGCUUUCCAGUUAAUGCCACUUUAUGCAAUAGGAAUAAGUAUAUAUGCAAUUUACAAACUUGUGCAGAUGAAAUUCAAUGAAAAUGAACAAUCAAGCAAUGAGAAAAAUAAAGAGGUUGACAAAAAGAGGAAAAAUACAGAGACUCAGCUUUCUGAACUGGAGAUGCGUUUGGCACAGACAGAGAGAAUGCUGGACUCAUUAGUAAAAGAAUUAGAUCCUCUCACCAGCUGUGUCGAUGCCGUUGCUUCUGCGGAGAAGAAUGAAAUUAUGUCACAGCUUCUGCAAUUAAGACAACUGGUGAAAGAGAGGCAGGCACCUAAUGUUAAUGAAGAAGUGACUCCUGUCUCUGAGAAUAUCAAAGAAUGUGUCCAUGACUUUGAGAUAAAGACACCAGUGUCUGAAGAUCAGGCCUCCACAGACAGUGGGGAAGACUUGGUACAGGAUAUUGAUCCAAUAACUGGCAACAUGCUUGCAUCGUCAGAUUUUGAUGAGAUUGAGUUUGGGAGCAGCAUUUCCACAGAGGACACUGAAGAGGAUUCUGAAGCUGUUGCGAAUUUGUCAGAAACUCAUGAACCCAUGGAGUUGAGAAGACGCAACAAAAUGAAUGAGUUUGGGAAAUGAAUUGCUAAAGGACCCUGUAUACUUUGUGAAUCACAUCGAUCCAUUUUGCUUAUUAUUGUGUGGUUUUGCAGAAAUAUUAGUCUGUUGCUGGUGAUUGAUUUAUUGUUAUUUAAAAAUGGUCUGGUAAACUUUUUUUCAGAGAAGUACCAUACAAAUUUGUUGUAGUUAACAUCACUAUUUACUUGUUCCAUGGUAGUUAUAAUGAUCUUGAUUGUUUUUAUAUUAAAAGCUCUGUGAAGAAAAUA